CCCUCCCUCUCCAGCGGUCAGUGACAGUUCUCGUUUUUCGAGGCGUCUGUCUCUCGACAAAGCUAAAAGAUGGCCAGCAAGCCCGGCGUUGAGAAGGCAGGCGUGGAGGCGGAGGCGCCCCAGGUGCACCGCAUCCGCAUCACCCUGACCAGCAAGAACGUGAAGAACCUGGAGAAGGUCUGCGCUGACCUGAUUAAGGGCGCUAAGGACAAGCAGCUGAAGGUGAAGGGCCCAGUCCGGAUGCCCACCAAGGUGCUGCGCAUCACCACUCGCAAGGCUCCCUCGGGCCAGGGUACCAACACCUUCGACCGCUUUGAGAUGCGGAUCCACAAGCGCCUCAUCGACCUGCACUCCCCCGCUGAUGUUGUGAAGCAGAUUACCUCGAUCAGCAUCGAGCCCGGCGUGGAGGUUGAGGUCACCAUCGCUGACUUGUAAUUCAGCGGCUGCUCUGAUGCAGAUUCUCCGGCGACCGCUGUAACGGCUUGAGAAAACAACGAUUUCCUGUUUCGUCCAGUCGUUAUGUUGGCACUACAUAACGACUACGC